UGGUAUUAAACAAAAUCAAGAUGACAUCAAAGCAAAUAAAGACAAUAUUCAUCAAAACGAAGAUGGUAUUAAACAAAAUCAAGAUGACAUCAAAGCAAAUGAAGACAAUAUUCAGCAAAACGAAGAUGGUAUUAAACAAAAUCAAGGUGACAUUAAAGCAAAUAAAGACAAUAUUCUGCAAAACGAAGAUGGUAUUAAAGAGAAUAAAGAGAAUUAUAAUCGAUUAGCAGCCGAAGUGGAAAUAGUAAAGCAAACUAUUUCUUCAUCAUCAUGUGAUCAGAAGAGUUCUCAGUUGGAAGAAACUAUAAAAGAACAACCCAGUUAUAUGCUACUAAAAAAUUUUCAAGGAGAUUUUGUAAUAAAAUUUGAUGAUGACUGCUUCAACUGGUCUGCACAAAGUAUACACACUAUUAUUACUAAAAAUUUUACAAGACAAUCAAAAGAACUUAAUUUCGGCGACGAUUAUUUUGUAGAAGAAAAAGAAGGAAAACUAUUACUGCUUAUUUACAAUCACAAAUCUAUCAAUGCUGAAUCUAUCAAUGGGUUAUCCAUUACGUUAGUUGACAGUGAAAGUAAAACUCAUUUGAUUUCAAUUGAAGAUAUUAAAUUGGUCCAAGCGCAUAUGUGUGAAACCAGCCAUUUUGAUGUAACAACGCACAACAGUAGAAGAAUAUCUGAACAGAUAAAAUGCAUUGUAGGAGCAGAAAGAGAAGAAGCAGAUAUUGAAUUUAUAUGUGGUGGUAGCCUGCAAACAAUGGAACCUAAGGAGUACGAAGCAUUUGAAAGAGAUUACAUCCAGCGUUAUUUCACCGUCAAUGGUAAAUGCAUGGAAGAACCACUCCAAUUUCCACCUCCAAUGCAAAACGUCACACAUUCCUUAUUCGCACAAAAGAUAAAGGAUGUUAUAAUCGAAUUACAACAUUUGUUUACAAUAUUUACGCAUUAUAACACGAAGUAACAUAUUCGAUUUCUAAAACUGGAUAAAGAAUUUUCUUUGAGUUUGGAAAGCACAAUUACUGAUAACAAAAGAAUUCUACUUGUGUUGCCAAAUUAUAUCGUCAACAUUAGAUACACAGAAACAACCGACGCAGUUAAAAUACAAGAUGAAGUCAAAGCGGGCGAAGAGGACUUGAAGGAGCUAUCUAUCAUCACUAAAAAAUAUCUUAAAAAUGGUCACCUGAAAAUGGUUAAUGUUGUAGCUGCACCACAUUUCGAAGAUAUCGAAAA